AUGAAUGACUUAUAUGGAAGAAGUGCUAGCACUGUGGAAUCUCAAUAGAAAUUAGAAUUGUUCAUCAGUUGUCGUGGAUUGGCAAACAUGGAUACUUUUUCAAAAAGCGAUCCCUAUGUGAUAAUGUAUGUGAAAAGAAAUAACCAAUGGUCUGAAGUGGGAAGAACAGAAAUCAUUCAAGAUAACUUAAAUCCAAACUUUUCAAAGUCAUUUCUAAUAGAAUACUACUUCGAAUGUUAAUAACCACUAAAAUUCAUAUGUAAUGACGACGAUGGACAUGGAUAAUAUGAUUUUAUUGGAAGUGCAGAAACUACACUAGCCAACAUAGCAGGAGCUAGAGAUUAGUUAGCAAUGUUAAAUUUAAGUAAUGGGCAGAAGAAAACAGGAGUACUGGUAGUUAGAGCAGAUUAGGUUAGAAUGAUAAAUGAUAAAAUAAUUAUGUAAAUAAGUGCCGAUAACUUACCAAAUACGAGGUUUCUACCUUGGCAUUCCACAUCCCCCUUUUACAGACUUUAUAGAAUUAGAAAGGAUACAAACUAAUCACUCUUAGUUUAUGAGAGUGAACCUAUUAAAUCUAAUUUAAAGCCUAUUUGGAAAAGAGUGGACAUCUAAGCUUAGAAAUUGUGCAAUGGAGAUUAUCUUAUGCCUAUUAGAAUUGAAGUGUGGGAUUACAGAACUUCAGGAAAUCAUGAACACAUUUGUUCUACAGAUUUUUCAGUGGAUGAAAUGAAGGAUAAGCAAAAGACGAAAAAAAUAUUGUUGGAUAAAAAUAAAAAAUAGUCUGGUUUCAUCUGUUUCAAUGAAUUUAAAUUAAUCGAAAAACCUAGUUUUUUAGAUUAUUUAUAGAGUGGUACAUAAAUAAACUUAAUUGCUGCCAUUGAUUUCACAGCAUCCAAUUAAUCCCCCAAAAAUCCAAGUUCUCUUCAUUAUAUAGAUGAUCAGUAUAAUAGAAUGAAUUAGUAUCAAUAAGCAUUACUGGCAGUGGGUGAGAUCUUAUUGAAUUAUGAUCAUGACAAAAGUGUACCAAUCUUUGGUUUUGGAUGUAAACCACGACUCCAAAAUUUGAAUACUCCUUAAACUCUGCAUUGUUUUCCAUUAAAUGGAAAUCCUCAAAAUCCAGAAGUAUUCCAGAUGGAUGGAAUUAUGCAAACCUAUAAUUAUGCUGUAAGGAAUGUUCAAUUUGAUGGUCCUACCUAUUUUAAUCCUAUCAUUUAAGAGUCGAUGAAAAUAGCCUAAGCUUGUAAGGAUAUGGGUACAAACACAUACUUUGUAUUAUUUAUUUUAACCGACGGUGAAAUUCACGAUAUGAAACAAACUAUUGAUUCCAUCGUGGCAUCUUCACAUUUACCCAUAUCUAUCAUAAUUGUUGGAGUUGGAGAUGCAGAUUUCACGAAUAUGUCAAUAUUGGAUGAUGAUGAUGGUAAUCUCCGCGACUCCUUUGGAAAAAGAACCCAAAGAGACUUGGUCUAAUUUGUGCCAUUUAACUAAUUUAAAAGCAAUCCAGAGUUGUUAGCCAAAAAUGUCUUGCAAGAAUUACCAGAUCAAUUAGUUGAUUACAUGCUUUUGAUUGGUAGAAAGCCAGGAUAAAAAAAUUUCAUUAAUUUAGGAUAGUUUGACAUCAAUCAAUAUUCAUAGCAAUAUGGUAUACAAUAACAGGUCAUGCCACCCAAUUAAUAACCAUUUUAAUAAUAAGUAUCUUAAAUACCUUAAUAAUAAUUUCAAAAUAUGCCACCACCCCCCUAACAAUUUUAGCAACCUCCUCCUCCAUAUGGUUAAACUUAAUAAGUAUACUAACCACAAUAGUCUUCAUAUCCAUCCUAAUAACCGCCAUAAUAUCCUACAUCAUAAUUAAAUUAAUACCCUCCUCAAUAACCUGCUGUCUAUCAGCAAUAGCAAUAAUUUAAUCCUCCUCCUAAUUAUUAAUAGUAGUAAUAAAUGUACCCUCCUUAACAACCUCCGUUAUAAUCAAAAUUUGUCUAAGGUCUCGCAAAUACAAAUUUCUUAGGAUAACAUAUUAAUGAUGCCCAAUAAUAGUAAGUUAAUCAAUAAUUGCCUUAAUUCUAAUAUCCCCCCUAGGAAUAAUAAAAUCAAAUUGGAAUGCAACCCUAACCGAAUUUAUAUCAAUAACCAAGAUAGCCUUCACCUUAUGUACCUUAAAAUCCCUAUGGAUUAUGA